AUGGCUGAGCUGCAUCCUCGGACCGGCAAAUUGGUCUCCCUGAGCAACGGGAACCGAACCGCCGCCCGGAAACAGCCGGCCCAGGAGUUCAACCAGGGACUGGUGCUGAGUGUCCGACCCCUCGGGCCCGGGGAGAUCUUCACCGUCCGACUGGAUCGUAAGAUGAAUUCCUGGAGUGGAUCUAUGGAGAUCGGACUGACCACACAAGACCCGGCCUUUCUGGAUUUCCCCAGCAGUGCCACAGGCCUGAAAGGCGGCUCUUGGAUUGUAUCCGGAUGUUCCGUGCUUGAGGAUGGCCGCUCUGUUCUAGAGGAAUAUGGACAAGAUCUGGAUCAGUUAGGAGAAGGCGACCGUGUUGGGGUUCAGCGCUCCUUAUCUGGGGAGCUCCACCUGUGGGUGAAUGGUAGAGACUGUGGAGUGGCAUCUUCUGGUGUUCCCCCCCGAGUCUGGGCUGUAGUGGAUCUCUAUGGGAAAUGCACUCAGAUCACUGUUUUGUCCUGUCAGCCCCCCCCUGAGGAGGAGGAAGAGGAGGAGGAAGCAGAGGAGCAAGAAGUUUCCCUUCUCCCCCUGGGGCAGUCGAGGCCGGAUAAAUUCCCCAACACCCUGGACACUGACAGUGAGUUCCCAAGCACGGAGCUGUCGGCAGUUGUCAGUAAUGCCAUUCUCUCUGCAUAUAACGGAAGCCUCCUAAGUGUCAGCUUAGGCUCCCCUCCAGCUGCCAUUGACCACUCUCCCCAAACUUCAAAUGAUGCUUUGCUCUUCCAUGAGAAGUGUGGAACCCUCAUCAAGCUCAGCAAUGGCAACAAAACGGCUGAAAGGAGACGGCCGCUGGAUGAGUUCAACAAUGGAGUGGUCAUGACCAACCGCCCUUUGAGAGACUGCGAGAUGUUUGAGAUACGGAUAGAUAAGUUGGUUGAUAAAUGGUCUGGAUCCAUUGAAAUCGGAGUGACCACUCACAACCCCAACAACCUGGAGUAUCCAGCCACCAUGACUAACUUGCGCUCAGGGACCAUCAUGAUGAGCGGCUGUGGGAUUCUGACCAAUGGAAAGGGAACGCGCAGAGAGUACUGUGAGUUUAGCCUGGACGAGUUGCAAGAAGGAGAUCACAUAGGCCUUACACGGAAAUCUAAUGGGGCGCUGCACUUCUAUAUUAAUGGCUUGGAUCAAGGUGUGGCAUCGUGCCAGACCCCACCCGUGGUAUAUGGGGUCGUAGAUCUUUAUGGAAUGGCUGUGAAAGUGACAAUUGUGCACAACCACAAUCACGCUGACCGGCUGAGGAGAAACAACGCCAUUCUGCGAGCGCGGUCACCUGACACUGGGAGACAAAACGCAUCUACUCCAGAACCCGGCCAACUGCUCUUCCACUCAAACUGUGGCCAAAAAGCUUCCAUCAUCAAUGGGGGCCGGACAGCACUGAGACCUCACGCCACGGAUGACUUUAACCACGGAGUGGUGCUCAGUAACCGACCUCUGCAGAACAACGAGGUGUUCCAAGUGCGAAUAGACAAGAUGGUGGACAAGUGGGCAGGUUCUAUAGAAAUCGGUGUGACCACUCAUAACCCUGCCUACCUCCAACUUCCAUCGACCAUGACCAACCUGCGGUCAGGAACAUGGAUGAUGACCGGGAAUGGAGUCAUGCACAAUGGAACCACCAUCCUUGAUGAGUAUGGGCAUAACCUGGAUCGUCUUAAGGCUGGUGAUACAGUAGGGGUCGUACGUCGGGAAGAUGGGACAUUGAACUUUUUUGUUAAUGGUAUCGCACAAGGUGUGGCUGCAUGGAAUGUGCCGCCCAAUGUUUUUGCUGUGGUGGAUCUGUAUGGACAAGCAGCUCAGGCCACAAUACUGGAUGAGACUGAUGCAUUGCCUCUGCCAGGGGAUGAGGAUGAAGCUCUUGCUCUCACCCCAGGGACUCCCUGCACCAUGCAGUCUCUCUCAGAUCUACGCUUCCACCAUCUGCAUGGCAGCAACGCCUUGAUCACCAAUGGAGGGCGCUCUGCUUUGCGCAACAACUCCCGCAGCGAAUUCAAUGACGCCAUUGUCAUGUCAAGCCGGCCCUUGAGGGAUGGUGAGCUCUUUGAGAUUGUUAUCCAGAAGAUGGUAGAUCGUUGGUCUGGAUCAAUAGAGGCAGGUGUCACUGCCAUUAGACCAGAAGAUCUGGAGUUUCCCAACACAAUGACGGAUAUUGACUAUGACACGUGGAUGCUUAGUGGCACGGCGAUCAUGCAGGACGGCAAUACUCUGAGGAAUAACUACGGGUGUGACCUGGACUCGUUGGGGGCCGGCUCGCGCAUUGGAAUGAUGAAAACCACGCGAGGAGAUUUGCACUAUUUUAUCAAUGGGGAGGAUCAGGGCGUUGCCUGUACAGGUCUCCCCAUGGGAAAAGACAUAUUCGCAGUCAUAGACUUGUAUGGUCAGUGUGUCCAGGUGUCACUCACAGGGGGCAGCGGCCUGGUAGAUAACAGUCUGUCGGCAAGUCAUGUGACUGACAAAUCUCUCCCCAGCCAAUCUCCAGUCCCCAGUGUCUCUCACAGGUUCCACACGGUGUGUGGCAAGAACAUCUCGGUGCUGUGUGAUGGGACCCGAGUGGAGCGCAAUGGAGGCUACAGCCAUGGGAUAGUCUUCAGCAGCAGAGAACUUCUCACCAACGAGACCUUUGAGAUUCGAGUGGAGAAGUUGGACCCUCAUUGGUCAGGAUCCUGUCACAUUGGGGUCACGUCUCUCACGCCUCAUGACACCGCAUUGUUGGCCGGUGGGCUUCCUGAACGGGCUGCGGACUUGCGCUCCAAGGUGACUUGGUUGGUGUGUGGCUCAGAGGUCACGCGGAAUGGCCAGCGCCUCCGGGAGAAUUACUGUAACAGUUUGGAGAGGAUUCGGGUUGGCAGCAGGCUGGGUGUCCGUCGGGAUAGUGAUGAUACGCUGCACAUAUUAAUGAAUGGGGAGGAUAUGGGCCCCGCAGCCUGUGGGAUCCCAAAGGCAGUGUACGUAGUGCUGGAUAUACACGGCUCCAUCACCGCUCUCUCCACUCUCAGCUCUUCUCUCCUAGAGGAAUCGGAUGCUACUAAACCCCCAUCCAUCUCAUCUGAGAGUGAGGAGGAGGAAGAAGCAGCGGAUCAUGGUGACCCCCACACUGUUCUUCAGGCUGAUUCGCUGCAGUUUCUGGCCAAUCACGGAAAGAACAUCCUUUUAUCCCAUGGGAACCGAACUGCCACCCGGGUGUCCAGCUACAACCAAGGAAUUGUGGUUCUGGCUCAGCCGCUGCCUCGACUCUUCCUAUUCCAGAUCCGUAUAGACCAGCUGUCUCCUCGCUGGACCUCCUCUCUCUCCAUUGGAGUCAUCGCUGUUUCACCAGAGAGACUGAAUUUCCCGGCCACGGCUGUGGCACUGAAGAGGAGCUCCUGGAUCUUCCAGAGGAGUGCUGUGCUCUGUAAUGGUGUCAAGAUCCGUGAAGGCUAUGGGCCCAAUAUAGACCUCUGUCCUGAGGGCACGUGCCUUGGUCUCCUGCUGGAUUCAUCUGGGGGGCUGCACCUCUAUGUUAAUGGACUGGAUCAGGGAGUAGGUGCUCAGGACCUACCAGAAGUAUGCUACGUACUGCUGGACCUCUAUGGACAAUGUGAGCAGGUUUCCAUAGUAACUGGAGAGGUACAGGGUGCAGAACAGGACACACACGAGGGGCAGCUUCCAGGAGAGAGAGAGAAAGCAGACAUGGUUGAUGGUGUCAAGGAGAGUUUGUGCUGGGUCCCCCCGGAUCCUCUUGCCCUUCUGAGCUGUGAAUAUCUUGCCCUUUGCACCAGAUUCAAAGAUCUUUUGCUUUUACCAGAUGGAUAUUUUGUGGAGGACAACAAGUUGUGUGUUUGUCACUGUGAGUCGUGCCACAAGCUGCGGGGGGAUGAGAUUUACAGGAAGAGAGGGGACCCCCCGAGGGAAUACGCAGAGCCCAUUGGAUGGUGCAGCUUUCCCCUCAGGCCCAGCCCCCGCUCAUCCUGCAGCCAAUACAAGAAGUGGCACAUUGGUUACCAGGGCAGCAGGGCCGGCACCAUCCGGAGGACGUUGGACAGGGGAGAUCUGCUGCCAGGGAGCACCUGUAUCCUCACCUCCGUGCCAGUCAAGUCGGACCCACAGAACAGCUUCCCGGCCGCUGAGCCCAAUCUCCUGCACAGCCGGGACCUGCAAAGCGUCGUCCUGUCCCCCACCCUGAGAUACGCCGCUCUGCAGGAGAUGUGCCCCAAAGUCAUGUUCCGUGACCCCCGCUCUCAGCGCACGUUUGGGGCCCAAGUUGCCCUGCAGGUGUGUGUGCGCCCCGGCUCCUACAAGACGGGGCCCCCCUCAGCAUGUGCCAUUGAUUUGAUGGAUCCCAGAAUUCCAAGCUCGGAGAUUGAGUGGCUGACGAAGGAAAAGGGGGCGACUGUUCUGAAGAGCCUGUUGGUGCGGGUGGAAUAAGACCACCAAUUGCCCCCUUACCCUGCUGACACUGCACACUGGGGGAGUGGGCGGAGCUUCUGGGUCACAAAGGUGGAGUUCUGUCACUCUCCUCCGCUCCCUCUCCAGUUUGUCUCCUCCCCUUGCCAUUUGGGCCACACCUCUCCAUCCCCCUCCCAUUAAUUUAUUAUUCGGAUGAAGUAUUCUGGCGGGAUUGGUUGGACCGGGUCGUCUCAGGGUCCCGCCCACCUACUGACCCCUUUUAUUUAAGCUGCUGUCUCUUUAUUUGUACAUUGACUUUAUUUUUUUUAAUACAUAAAUCUCUUGUACAGAAAA